AUCAAAAUCAUCAAACCACUCUCUCGACGAAGCUUCGCGGAAGCUGCCCAUGGCUUCUCUCUUUUCUCUCCCCCAUUUAAUACCUUCCUUCCUCCCUCUUUCCUCUCACACCAACAAGAUACUAACCUCUUCUCAUCUCCUCCUUCUUCUUCUCCGGUAUCAUGAAGCUCGCCGCUAGCCUCAAACGCAUGUUCCGGUCCAAGUCCAAAGCCUCUUCGUCCGUCUCCAGAUCUGAACCUUCUUCCUUCAGCUCCUCCUCUUCCUCCGACGGUGAUCUCAAGCCAGGCCCCGCCGCUACUCCCGUCAGUGUCCUCCUCCCACAAAACUCAGGUGACUUCUACACCGAGUUGGUCCAAGCGUUUAAGCUGAUAGACCGGGACGACGACGGUGUGGUUUCGAGGAGAGAUCUCGCGGCGCUUCUUAGCAGGCUCAGCCCCGAACCGCCGAGUCCCGAAGAGGUGAGCAUGAUGCUGAGAGAAGUAGACGCUGCUGAGGGUUGUAUCAGCCUCGAGGAGCUGGCUAGCCGCGUGGCUGGGACAUCCGCCGGAGAAGGGUGUGUAGAGACGGAGGAGAUGAGGGAGGUGUUCGAGUUUUUCGACGCGGACCGGGACGGGAGGAUCUCGGCGGAGGAGUUGCAUAGAGUUUUUGGAGUUAUAGGAGACGAGCGGUGCACGUUAGAAGAGUGUGUGCGUAUGAUAGCGACUGUUGAUAGGAACGGUGAUGGUUUUGUUCGGUUCGAUGACUUUUGCCGCAUGAUGGAGCUUCCAGGCUCCAAGCGAUGAAUGAUCAUCAUUGAGUCAUGCUUGUAUGAUUGAAAUGAUAAUGACAUCGUGCCAUGCUCUCUCUCUCUCUCUUUUUCUUUUUGCCUUUUAUUUACACUAUUUUAUACAUUUCUGUAAUUUCUACUUUGCGUUGGGGUUUAAAUUCGUGACGGCAAGCAAGUUAACCGUCGGUUUCUCUAAAAUUAUACUCAUAAUAUGCACAUGUGUCACUCUCCGGUUGAUCUAAAGAGUUUACUCAUCAUAUUUUGAUAAA